AUGCCCCCUGUUGGUGGCUUCCGAAAGGACAUUGUCGACUAUAUCCGGCAGUGUUGUGAAGAGGAAGCCAAGAACCACCCUGUUCCACGCAAAUAUGGAGACAUCCCAAUCUCUUACGACGCUAUUACAACUGAGUGGCUGACUGCUACGCUUGCACCGAAAUCUACGAGUGCUGCUGUCAAGAAAUUUACGCUCGGUCCCAAGGAUGAUGGCUCCUCCAACCGCCGGCGCAUUGAAAUUGAAUGGGAAGGCGUUGAUGCAGACAAGUUUCCGCGGUCGGUCUUCUGCAAAGCGGCCCACUCGGCGAACAACCGUAUCAUCUUGUCUGUUGGCGGUACCUACAGCGAAGUCUGCUUCUAUAACGAGAUUCGUCCUACCAUCGAUAUCGAAGCACCAGUAGCUUACUUCGCUGACUAUAAUCCCAAGUCGUGGGCCGCUAUGAUCAUGCUGAAAGACAUGGGCAGUGGCACACACUUUUGCACGCACAAGACUAGUCUAACGAAAGAUCAAUUUGCCGAGCAGAUCACAAUCCUAGCUAAGUUGCAUGGGCAGUUUUAUGAGAGCAAGAAGCCUUUCUUCCAGCGCUUAAUUCAGUACAAGGAUCGUUUCCAAAACUUGGUUGAUGUGGGAAUUGAGGAGGCCUGUCGCAAUGGAUUCAGGGAAGCAAAGAGCGGCAUUACCCCUCGCUUAUUUGCAAGAGAGGCAGAGAUUUGGCCUGCCACUCUCAAAUCCGUGCAGCGCAAUGCCUCCUUGCCGCAGACUACUGUCCACGGAGACGUCCACCUUGGCAACUGGUACAUUACGCCCGAGGGCCAAAUGGGUUUGACAGACUGGCAGGCUAUGGCCAGAGGUCAUUGGUCGCGUGAUCUUGCCUAUGUCAUGGGUACUGCUGUCCCUAUAGAGAAACGUCGCCUUUGGGAGCGCGAGAUCGUCGAGCUUUACGUUUCCGAGUUUGAAAAAGCCGGCGGUCCAAAAACAACGGUAGAAGAGGCCUGGCUCGAGCUACGACGCCAGUCACUCGGUGCCCUUGCUUACUGGACUCUCACUCUCACCCCAUCUAAGGUAAUGCCCGACAUGCAACCCGAGGCGGCUUCAAGAGAUUUUAUCAGCCGCCUUUGCGCUCUCAUAGACGAUCAUGACGCUCUUGAUGCGUUUGACUUCUAG